GAAAAAUGAAUCAAUACAAGGUUUUCUGCAAACUGUGUUUUGCUCGCUAUUUCUUUAAAAAACUAGCGUUAACUCAUGCACAUCUGUGACCUCAUUGUUACUAGCGAAGGACUGGAAAAUCCCUUCUGACGUUUAAAUGGAUCUGACAUUUACAGAAAAUGCUGGGUUAUUAGGACAAUUUUGCAACUCUAGGAAUCCUGCUUUUAUAAAUAUUUGAAGUGUCAAAUUAAAUCAGAAGCCCCCAGUCCUAGAGGAAGUGAAUAUAUAUAAAACACCAGGGGUUGAUGUCUUCAUGGAGAGUAAGAAGCUAGCAUUCAAGGAGGCCAUUCAUAAUAAGUCAGUUUGAGUUUAUAAGUCACAAUGGAGAUUCUCAACUCACGAACCUCAUCUCAUUCUAAUGUACCGAGACUGAUCUCAAAUCCUUAUGAGUUUAUCCAAAAUCAGAAAGAUGCCUUCAGAAUCAAGGAUAUUAAGGUGACGGAAGUGAAGACAGAGAAGGAUUUACUUCACGUCACAUCUCAGGACAAACCUGACAUCCAUCUGCAGGAUUACAUCCUACAACUUCAGUACCACAUCAACGGUACGCGCGGACACUUCCUGUUGGUGGACAAGGAGGGGGUGGUCAGAACCAAUGGACAAAGCAAGGACCAAAGAACAUUUCUGAGAGUGAUUCAUAAUUUCACACAUCGUCAAGAUGAAGGAUUCUGUUAUCAGAUUGUGGGUUGGGGAACCAGUUUUAAUCAGAGGAUACUUUACAUGGAUGGCGCGGCACUCAAAACAAGGCCGUACAACCCAUGUCUCGGAGAUAUAAAUGACGACACAUAUUUUGCAUUCAGAACAAAAGGAAACAGUGAAGACGGACAUUACGCAAUUUGUUCGUGGUCGGGGGAUCCUCUUGUCUUCGACAAUCAGGGAAACUACCUUCCUCCCAAUAAUUUAUCGCGAAACACUGACACCUCAUACCUGUUCAAGAUUCAGAAGGUGGACUGUAUGAAGGUCACAUCUCUGUGAUUUGUAAAUAAAACAUAGACAUCACCAAUGCUGCCAGGAAAAGUGUCAGAAAUAAAUCAAAUAUUGUGUAAUUUAUUUUUUACUUGAAAAUGCUGUGAUAAUUUUUCAUAACAUCCCUCUACAGUUCACAUAAAUAUAGAUAUGGGUAUUCCAUACAACCAUAAUCAUGUUAACCAAAUUUCUACAGAUAUUUUUAAAAAAUCAAAUUACUAUGAGAUUGACCGUUCUAGUCAAAUCCUUAACAACAAAUAACACCUCCAGUCCUACUAAUCCUUGCCAUUACACAAACAUCAUAUUCUAUUUCAUGAAGACAAAAGUACAUCUACUUACAUGUUAUAUAUUUAUUCUUUUUGCCAUGUCACUUGAAUUUUUAUAUUUAAUUUAUUCUUCUUCUAAGUGGGGUUAUAUAUUAAUAUAUAUCAGAACUCUCUGUCUCAACAGAAUAUGUUUUUGUCAUUGAUUCACUUGUUGAAAUCCUUGUAUUUAGGCCAUGCAAAGUUAAUUACUUGGUUCUCAGGCCUUUUUUCAAGAAAUAUGAUGAGGGAGGGAGGCAUUUUUCUUUCUCUUUUAUUGCCCCCAAAACAUGAUGAGGCAGCUUUUUACAUUGUACAAAACCUCAAAAAAUGAUGAGGGAGGUGAUUUGGUGUUUAUAUUUUAUUGAUUUAGCAAUAAAAAGGGUCAAUGAGGCACCCUUGGAAGAGAUGAGGGAGGGCCUGAGAACCAAGAAAUUAAUUUUUCUUUGCCUUAUUACCAAGAUUUUUUUCCUGAAUGUUGUCUCUUUUAUAUCAUUUUAAUCAGGUUAAUAUUUCAAAUUCUUUCAAAGUCAUGGAAUCCAUAAGAGCUGGUUUAACCUUUAGAGAAAUCAUUAUUCUCUAUUACUUGUGAUUGUACUGGAGAGUCUUCAUAUUUAUUAUUUUUACCAUUCAGGUUGGGUUUUUUUUUUCAUUAUGACAGUACUUGAUAAAAUGUAAAUAUUAAAUGUUGUGUAAAAUGAAUGUGUUGUUGUGAGAUGGAUUUACAUUUUACAAAUUUAAAAUCAAAAUAUAUUUUUUAAAAAUCUUAUGUUCAAAAGACUUAGUUCAUUACAUCUGAUUCAGUGUAUAAAUGUAUUCACAUUUUUUUCCUUAUAAAUAUAUGUAUGACCUUUGCAAUUUUCAUAUUUUCAAAGUAUAUUUUGGAUUUCUGAUUCAAAUGACAUAGAAUUGGUACACUCAGCAUAAUGUUAUAAAUUAGAUGACCUGAAACAUUAAUCAUGUCUUCAGAUUUUUGUUGUUAUGUACAAAGGGAAGUAAUAAAUCUAGAAAAAAAAAUUUA